UAGAAGAUUGUUACUUUAACCAAAAUCUAUACCGGGCUUAAAUUUGGCUAUAAUUUAGCUUAUGAAUGGCUUAAAAAUGCCUUUUAACUUUUAACCCUUUUAGCUUCCAUAAUUUGGCUAUUGAUUUGCUUUGAGUUAAGUGUAUGUGGUGUAUUUUAUUUUCAAAUUCAGAUGUGAUGGCAUCAAUAGCUUUAGGAAAACGUCUUUUAAAAAAGUAUGGUUUAUGGGAUAAUUUACUAUAUUAUUCUACGACAGCCCCUAAGAUAAAAACCAAUAAAAAUACAUUGUUAAUUAGUUGUAAACAAAAGAAACUUGAUUAUUAUUUAGGCUCUACUUAUAAUAAGUUGGACGAAGUAUCCUUAGCUUCUAAGGGAUGGUUGCACAGUAAAUCUAAGGGUGAUUAUUUUACAAUUAUUCCGAUUUCUAAACAAGAAGACGAAGGAGAAGGAUGUUUAUUCUCAAACUUAGGAAUAAAUAAAUUAAUAAUUGACGCUUUGAAAAAUAUUAAAAUAAAGGAAGCUACUAGCUUUCAAACAAAAGCUAUUACAACUGUACAAAGAGGUGUUCAUACAUUAUUGGCAGCUGAAACAGGAUGUGGUAAAACAAUUGCAUUUCUUUUACCUAUCAUUCAAAAUAUUAUAAACAGUGAACGGAAUGAACAGCUCAACGCUCCAAAAGCUGUUGUUUUGGUGCCAAACAGAGAAUUAGCUUUUCAGACAACUGAAUUUGCAAAUAUAUUAGGUGCGCCUUUUGGAAUUAAGGUUAAAACUGUAACUGGAGGAAGAACAAAAUAUAAUAUGAUGAAUCCACAAUUAAAUGAUGUAGACAUUAUAGUUGCAACACCAGGUGCUUUAAGUAAACUUUCUACUGUAGGCAUUUACAAAUUGAAUCAGGUUUUAUACUUUGUAUUAGAUGAAGCUGAUACACUCCUAGAUGAUGGCUUCAUAGACAGAGUAGAAGUAUUAAUUAAGAGAAUGUCGCAAGCACAAUUAAUAUUAGUGUCAGCCACAUUGCCUAGAAAAUUACCUGACAUUUUAGCACCGUAUGAAUCAAGAAUGGAACAGGUUGUAUCACCCAAUCUUCAUAUGCCCCUUUUACAUGUCAAACAAAAAUUUAUGAGAAUUACCAAAUCAGACAGACCUGCCCGUUUGUUACAACUUACUAAAUUUAACAAAGAGCCCAUGAUUAUAUUUACUAAUAAACAUCAAAAUUGUAAUUGGUUAGCUAUGUUUCUGAGAGAGAAUGGAAUCAGCUGUGCAAAUAUAAAUGGUGACAUGAAUUAUGCAAUUCGAAUAGAACAAUGGAAUAAAUUUAUUCGAGGAGAAACAAAUAUUUUAUCAGCUACAGAUGUAGGGUCAAGAGGAUUAAAUACAAUUCAAGUUAAACAUAUUUUAAAUUAUGAUUUUCCUAUAUACGCAGCUGACUAUCUUCAUAGGAUAGGUAGAGUGGGAAGAUUAGGUAGUCCUCAUGAUAGUAAAAUUACAAAUUUUAUAUGUUCCGAACCAGAAGUUAAUCUUGUCCAACAAAUUGAGCUUGCAAUACGGAGAAAUGUGCCUCUUACAAAUGUUGAUGGAAAUAUUACUAAAAUUGUACAUAAUAAUAUAUUGAGAAAAAUAAGACAAGGGCCCUAAGUAGUUAUAAAAUUAAAAUAAAUUAACUACCAUGCCU